GGCUGAGUGACAAAUGCGCAUGUCAAUUUUUUGACUUGAUCAGAUUCGCUAAAUCGUUUUAAAACUUGUUGUUUGUUCUUUGAUCGCGCGAAAUCCGCCGAAUAACGUGUUUUCGUCGCAUGCGACGCUUCCAACGAUCAUUUUCGUGUCUUUUCCGCAAUGAGCGUGCACAAAGAUGAUCCCAACUUGGCGUUGGUCACUCUUCAUAAACUAGCGGACGAAAUCCCUUCAGGCGUCAGUGUUCGGGAUGUGGGGGAAGUUGUCCCCGUAAUUGGGCCCAAUCCAGGCGAAAUUACGAAUAAUUUGCGCGAGCUUAUCGCGGCGAAAUUACGGGAUAACCUUUCCGGGUUUUGGGAGUCGCAAAAUAUCAACGAAAAGCUUAAAAAUGUGAGGAAACUUGAAUGUAGUGAUUUGGAAAAAAGAUGGCCCACUUCAAUGCAGGAAAUUGUGAACAGUUUACGUGGGAAAGAAUUGAGAUGCCUUAAAAAAAACCUUAACGCCAAAAUCAAAAAAAUUAUAGAGGAAAAUAACAAAUUAGAAGCUACUGUGAAAGAAAAAUCCGAGUUACUUGAACAACAAUUAAAUCAAAUGAACUCGUUUCAAUUUACAUUGUAAUUAAUGCUAUUUUUGUUACUUAUUAAUAAAAUUAAUUGAUAACUAA